UCAAUAAAAUGAGCCCUGACAAAAUGACACGAAGGCAAAAACGAAAAAACGGUUUGCGACAAAAUGGUAAACAAAAAAAUAUAGCAAAAAUGAAACGUUUCAAUCAACAACCAACUACCCCAACAACAUCAAACCCAAUUCCAAUUAAAAGAAAAAUACAGCCAGUGUUUCUAGGAGGAAUUGGGGGAAGUGGAAUGACUGAAAAUAGUCCUAGCAAUCCUCUGUUCAAUUCUCAAUUAAAUAUUGGAAUAAAUAAUUUUAUUAAUUCGACAACAAAUUUAUUUGGGGCAAAUUCCCCCCAGCAGCAAUCCUCGCAGCAGUCGCAGGGACAACCGACACGUUUAUUUUUCAAUAAAAUUUCUGAACAAAAUAUAAAUAAACAAAUAAUUAAUGAACAAAAACAAGUAGAAGAAGAAAAAUCUAAAAAUAAUUUAAAUGGAAUUAAUUCAAAUACGUCUGCGUCAAUCAGUUCAACACAACAAACGUUGUCUGUGAAUUGUCUGUCGGUAGAAAGUCCGGAAAGAAAUUGGCAGGUGGAAGAAUUGACACCUUUACCCCAACUCAAAAAAUUAAAUUCUUCUGCAGAAUUAACUCCAUUGCUUAGACCUUCAGAUUUACAAAAUGUCCCGUCUUCAGAUUCUGUUGAUAUGGCUACUCCACAAAUUCAAAAAUUUUUGUGUUUUGCUGUUCCUUUGUCCCCAACUUGUAAUAUUGACCAAAUUUUAGUCAAAAAUUCAAUAAAUACCAAAAAGACGUUAAAAUAUGCCAAAAUUCAGGCAAAAUUUGCCAGAGAAUUGAGAUGGACUCAAACAGUUGCCUCUCCAAUUCUUUUGCUUAGAGCUAACAAUGGAAUAAACCAUUUAUCCCUCCACACGGGCAGUGCUAUUGCCUUUUUGGAAAUUAAAUCUGAUUUUUGUUUAACAAUUGGAAUUAAUGGAGAAUUAAGUAUUUGGGAUUUAAAAAAAUCUACACGAAUUUUGCAAACGUCUGUUGGGACUCUACUUGCACGACAUGGUGCCCCAAUUCCCUCCCUUAAAAUUGUUCGUCUCUGUCUUUCAACUAACGGUUUACCUUUAAUUGCCCUUUCAAAUGGAGAAGUUUUUCUAUUUUCUCGUUCACUCAAUUCUUGGUUGUGUAUAAUUGUUGGGCAACAAAAAUGUGGGGGAGGGCUAUUUGAUACUUCUUUGUCUUCACUUUUGACAGCAAUGCAAUUUAUAGCAAAUUCUUUACCUAAUGGAUUAAUUUCUCUUUUAAUUGGGAAAUUGCAAUUAAUUAAUGAUAAAAAUAAAUUACCUGUAAAUUCUCAAUGUGAAGAAAUGGCAGCAUCAAAUGAAGAGGCACAAUUGGAAUUAUUACUUAGAGCGGCUUUUGAAUUAGAAUCACGAGAAGAAUAUCGCUUCCUAGCAGCUUUGUAUCUCCAAAAACUUGUUAAACGAGGUAAAAAAGAAAAAAUUGUCGAUUUUAUAAACGAUUUAAAAACAAAUUUGUCUUCAUUUAUUCAAACAGAAACAAUUUUGGAGGAUAUUAGGCCAUUUAUUAAUUUUAAUAAUGAAAAAGGAGAAAAUUUGGUAAAAAAUAUUUUUGAAGGAGAGGGGGAUAUAAAUAAAUUGAGAAGUGAAAAAGAAUUGGAAAGGAGUUUUUCUUGGCUUUGUUAA